AUGGCGUAUUCGUGGGAUAACAGAGUCGCUUUUGUUGUGCGCUACCUUUACGAUAUCGACAAUAACGGUUAUCUGGACGCUCAUGAUUUUCAUUGCCUUGCACUCAGAACUUGUGUGCUUGAAGGCAAAGGUGACUGUAGUUCAAGCCGCUUGCAAAAGUACCAACAUAUCAUGUUUAGUCUAUGGGAAGAGAUCGCUCAAUUGGCGGACUUCGACAAGGAUGGUAUAGUAACUGUGGAUGAAUUUAAAAGAGCCGUACAGAAUAGUUGUAUUGGAAAACGCUAUGAAGAUUUUCCUCAAGCUAUGAAAGCUUUUAUAGAGACCAAUUUCAGAAUGAUAGACAUAAAUUGUGACGGUAUUAUUGGCAUUGAAGAGUACAGAUAUGAUUGUGUUCAGAGGAUGGUGGUCGACGACAUCAAAGUUAUAGAUGAUGCUUUCAAUUCUUUGUUAAACGACGAUGACCGACGAAAGGGAGGCAUUGCAUUAUCAAGGUAUCAGGAGCUCUUUGCUCUAUUCCUAAGCGACCAAAACGAUAACUGCCCAGCCAGUCUACUAUUUGGACCUUUAGAAUUA